AUGACUCAACUCUCGACCGCUCGAUACAAGCCUGGCGAUGUGAUCUGCGAGGAGAAGGAAUCCUUUGUCCACGUUGUGUACGAAGAUGUGAAGGGAAAAGUUUGUGACAGUUGCAUCUUUAAACAGGAAAAUCUGAAAAAGUGCUCCGGUUGCAAACACAUGUACUACUGCUCGGAGGAGUGUCAGCGUAAAGAUUGGCGAUUUGCCCACAAGUACGAGUGCCGAAACGUGUACGCGGUGAAUUUUGAGGAGCUAACUAGCGCUAUCAGCCGACUUCUCUUUCGCCUGUACAACGUCUUGCAGAACAACAAAGGGUUGGCGGCUCAAAAAGCCAACGAUCUCACUGGAAUGGCUUUCAAGGAUCUGCCAUGGCACUGCGAACAGUUUGUGCGAAAUGAAGACAAGAUGCUCGACUUUGCAGCUAUUUGUUAUAGCUUUGACACUUUCAAGAUCAAGUAUAACCGAGCUAUCAUGUUCGAGUACUAUUGCAAGCUCCAAGUUCACGCCACUUAUUUUGUGAACCGUUUCAACAAUGGCAACCACUUCUUCCUCUACUUGUCCUUGGCUGCAUUCAAGCAUUCGUGCGUUCCGAAUGCAUUUUUUUCAAUUUCUGAAACUCGCAUGAUUCUUCGUGCUAUCAAGGAGAUCAAUGUUGGCGAUGAAAUUGUCGUUUCACUCAUUGAACUGAACCAAGAUCUUGAAGGGCGCCAAAAGCAACUGAAGGAAAAGUACCUACCUGAAUGCGCUUGCGAGCGAUGCACCAGCGACUUUGAUAAAGAGUUUGACUACGAGCGCCUAGAAAAGCUUCUCAAGGAGCGGGAAACUAGUAAGCAUGACAAUCUAAUUCCUCGCGAUUCAACACCAAAACUCAUUUUCGGAGAACAACUGUACAAGCUUGAAAAUGAAAUUCUCACAAUGUACAAGAAAGUCUACGGUGACUACCAUCCUCGAAUCACUGAGAUUUACUUGUGCAUGGCGAAGAAUCUUUACUGUAUGAAGUCUCAUGGAGGCUUGAAAAAGCUUGGAGUAGACUUGGAUCAGUUUAUGGCUGAAGCACGCGAACAGUAUGAGGUCACUUUCCCCGAUGCUGAUGAAAAAUUUGAAAAAAUUCAGGAAUACUUUUCAAGCCUGAAAGUCGUGCCAACUAACUUGACUUCCGAGCAAUCGAUGCUCCUCAGUCUGAUGGCUGAUUACUUCAAUCACCCCAUCUCAAACAACAUCCCCUCUUAA